AUGUCUGACUUCCAACGCAGCUUCAUCGUCAGCGACCCUGUAGCCGCCAUGGCGACCCAGAAGAGAGACGCGAAGGGCAAGAAGCUCGCUGUCAUGAACAAAUACGUCUACGAUGCCUUCUUGUGGACGUUCUCGAUCCUGGUGGAGCUCUUCUUCCGAGAAGUGCAUCCUAGGAGUAGUUGGAAGGUGCCAAAGGAAGGCCCAGUCAUCUUCGUGUGCGCCCCGCAUGCGAACCAGUUUGUCGACCCUCUCAUGUUGAUGAGAGUCGUAAAGAAAGAAUCCGACCGCCGAAUCCAAUUCCUAAUCGCCGAUAAAUCGAUGAAGCGCAAAUUCGUAGGCGCAAUGGCUGGCUUGACGGGUGUCGUGCCUGUAGGAAGGGCCAUGGACAUGACGAAGCCUGCAGAGGGCAAGAUAUACCUCCCCGAUCCCAUCAACGACCCGACGCUUGUUCGGGGUGUGGGCACCAACUUUGAAGAUAAGAAAUUUCAGGUCGGCGGCUCCCUCGUACUGCCUAAAGUGGACAACAAGGCGGCGACCGCUGAGAUACUCGAGAUCAAGGGCCCGGAAGAGAUCAGGCUGAAGCGUGGCUUCAAGGGGGGCGUUGCCAUGCAGCAGAUGACUGGGCGAAACGACAUGACCAAGGACGGCACAUUCGUGGACGGAGCCAAUGCGAAGAAGGGUAUCGCUGAUGGUUACGAGGGAACACCCUUCCAGGUAGCGCCCAAGCUCGAUCAGACAGAAGUUUACGAUGCGGUACACGCGGUCCUCCACCACGGUGGAAGCAUCGGUAUUUUCCCUGAGGGUGGUAGCCACGACAGAACUGAUCUUCUUCCUCUGAAAGCUGGUGUUGCUAUUAUGGCGCUCGGUACGGUGCAAACGAAGCCUGACUGCAAUCUGAACAUUAUCCCCGUCGGCAUGAACUACUUCCACGCCCACAAGUUCCGAUCAAGGGCAGUCAUCGAGUUCGGCACGCCCAUCCACGUCCCACCUGAGUUAGCGCAGAAGUUCGACGGCCCUGGAAGACGUGAGGCCAUCGGUGAGAUGCUGGAAACCAUUCGUCAGGGUCUUAUCUCCGUCACGGUCACAACACCCGACUACGACACACUCAUGGUCAUCCAAGCUGUGCGCCGCCUCUACAACUCCAAAGGCACGAAGCUUCCUCUUCCCAGGAUCGUGGAGCUUAAUCGCCGCCUCGUCCAGGGUUACGAACGCUACAAAGACGACCCUCGCAUCGUCGAACUCAAGAAGGAAGUCACCACUUACAAUGGCAAGCUUAAGGCGCUCGGCCUCCGGGAUCAUCAGGUGCAAUACGCCAAGAUGCAUCCUAUUACGGCAUUUGGGCUUUUCUUCUACCGUCUUGGAAAGCUGCUCUUCCUGAGCAUGCUCGUCCUUCCCGGAACUCUGCUCUUCAGCUUGGUCUUCAUUGUCACUAAGGUUGUCUCGAUCAAGAAGGCCAGAGAGGCACUCGCUGCAUCGAACGUUAAGGUUCAAGCCAGAGAUGUCAUGGCUACAUGGAAGCUUCUCGUUGCCAUGGCCGCCGCCCCAACAGCUUACGCCUGGUAUGUUUGCUUGGGACUCUACUGGUACUCCUACAACCAAUGCAACGGAUACCUUCCUGCUGGCAUUCAGAAGCGCUGGCUUAUCAUCCCCCAACUCGUUGUCUACGUCACCCUCACAUACGGCGCUCUCCGAUUCGGCGAAGUCGCUAUGGAUAUCCUCAAGUCCCUCGGUCCCCUUUGGAAGAUGAUGAACCCCUUCUCCAACAACGAACUCGUCAAACUACAAGAGCGCCGUGAAAACCUCGCCCAGCGUGUGAACGACAUCAUCAACGAACUCGGUCCGGAGAUGUACGAGGACUUCCAUUCCAAACGCAUCGUCGAGGAUCCCUUCAUCAAGCAAGAGCGUCCCAACACACCACCGCAAAAGUCCGACGAAGAUGCGGAAAGAGAAGCAGGCCAGGACAUCGAAACCUACGACUACCCCGCGUCACCCGGGUCCAUCAACGAGAUACCACGCAACGAGUCGUUCCACGACCUCGCCAACCAAGACUUCUUCUCUAGUCGACCGCAGACGCCGAAGAAGAGCCGCAGCCGGAAUAGCAGCAGUGCGAAUCUGGGCGGCUUCCAGCUCAAGCCCUUCAGUACUAUCGACGGCAACCUGGAUGAAGUAAAGAGGAGAUUGACAGACGGUGUCAAGCAGCGGACGCGAAAAAGAAGGAGUAGCGGAGAAGGAAGCUGGGACGACGGCGAAGAUGGUGAGGGCCUAACAAUGGGAGGAAGGAAAGAGCGCUCGUAUACCAAGUAG